AUGAUCUCGGCUAUAUUUAUUAUAAACUCAUCAGGCACUGUCAUUGUUUCCCGAGUGUUCAGAGAAGACGUAAAGUGCAGUGUGAGUGAGGUUUUCCGGUCCAAGAUAAUCAAUGUUGAUCCCAAGAACCUUAAGAAUCCAAUUCUAACGCUGGGUUCGACUACGUUUCUUCAUGAAAAGAGGGGCGAAAUUUACUUUGUGGCAGUCACGAGAAACAAUUCCGAUGCUUCGGUGAUACUGCAAUAUCUC